AUGCUCGCCGCCCCCGCCGCCCCCCGGUGGCCGCCGCUCCUGCUGCUGCUGCUGCUGCUGCUGCCUCCGCCGCCGCCGCCGCUCGCCCACGGCGCCCCGGCCCGGCCCGCAGCAGCCGGGGGGCAGGCCUCGGAGCUGGUGGUGCCCACGCGGUUGCCGGGCAGCGCGGGCGAGCUCGCGCUCCACCUGUCCGCCUUCGGCCAGGGCUUCGUGCUGCGCCUGGCGCCCGACGCCAGCUUCCUGGCGCCCGAGUUCAAGAUCGAGCGCCUCGGGGGCCCUGGCGGGACGGCCGGGGGCACGCGGGGGCUGCGCGGCUGCUUCUUCUCCGGCACGGUGAAUGAGGAGCCCGAGUCGCUGGCGGCCGUCAGCCUGUGCCGCGGGCUGAGCGGCUCCUUCCUGCUGGACGGCGAGGAGUUCACCAUCCAGCCGCAGCGCGCGGGGGGCUCCCUGGGCCAGCCGCACCGCCUGCAGCGCCGGGGGCCCGGGACGCGCCGCGGGACCCCCGGGCUCGCCGCCGCUGAAGCCCGGCCCCUCCUUCGAGGACCCGAGUGGGAGGUGGAGACGGGAGAGGGGCAGAGGCAGGAGCGACGAGAUGAUGAGCGGGACGAGGAGGAGGGCAGCGAAGAGACCGAAGACGCCAGAGAACUGCCACCGCCCCUGGGGGCCACGAGUAGGACCAAGCGGUUUGUGUCUGAGGCUCGCUUCGUGGAAACGCUGCUGGUGGCCGACGCGUCCAUGGCUGCCUUCUACGGGGACGACCUGCAGAACCACGUACUGACACUGAUGUCGGUGGCAGCCAGAAUCUACAAGCAUCCCAGCAUCAGGAAUUCCAUCCACCUGAUGGUGGUCAAAGUGCUUAUUGUGGAAGACGAAAAGCAGGGCCCAGAGGUGUCCGACAACGGGGGGCUUACGCUGCGCAACUUCUGCAACUGGCAGCAGCGUUUCAACCAGCCCAGUGAUCGCCACCCGGAGCACUACGACACGGCCAUCCUGCUCACCAGACAGAACUUCUGUGGGAAGGAGGGACUGUGUGACACCCUGGGCGUGGCGGACAUCGGCACAAUCUGUGACCCCAACAAGAGCUGCUCCGUGAUCGAGGACGAGGGGCUCCAGGCAGCCUACACUCUGGCCCACGAACUAGGACAUGUCCUCAGCAUGCCCCAUGACGACUCCAAGCCCUGCACUCGGCUCUUUGGGCCCCUGGGCAAGCACCACAUGAUGGCACCACUCUUCGUCCACCUAAACAGGACACUGCCCUGGUCUCCCUGCAGCGCCAUGUACCUCACGGAGCUCCUGGACAGUGGGCACGGAGACUGCCUCCUGGACGCCCCCGCCUCGGCCCUGCCCCUCCCCACAGACCUCCCGGGCCUCAAGGCCCUCUACGAGCUGGACCAACAGUGUAAGCAGAUCUUUGGGCCGGGCUUCCGCCACUGCCCCAACACCUCUGCACAGGACAUCUGUGCCCAGCUCUGGUGCCACACCGACAGUGCUGAGCCCCUCUGCCACACCAAGAACGGGAGCCUGCCCUGGGCUGAUGGCACGCCUUGUGGGCCCGGGCACCUCUGCUGGGAUGGCAGCUGUCUGCCUGAGGAGGAAGUGGAGAAGCCCAAGGCCGUGGUAGAUGGAGGCUGGGCCCCAUGGGGACCCUGGGGAGAAUGUUCCCGGACCUGCGGCGGCGGAGUGCAGUUUUCACACCGUGAGUGCAAGGACCCUGAGCCCCAGAAUGGAGGAAGGUACUGCCUGGGUCGGAGAGCCAAGUACCAGUCAUGCCACACGGAGGAAUGCCCCCCUGAUGGGAAGAGCUUCAGGGAGCAGCAGUGUGAGAAGUACAACGCCUACAACUACACCGACAUGGACGGGAAUCUCCUGCAGUGGGUCCCUAAGUACUCAGGGGUGUCCCCCCGAGACCGCUGCAAGUUGUUCUGCCGAGCCCGGGGAAGGAGCGAGUUCAAAGUGUUUGAAGCCAAGGUAAUUGACGGUACCCUGUGUGGGCCGGAGACACUGGCCAUCUGCGUCCGUGGCCAGUGUGUCAAGGCGGGCUGUGACCACGUGGUGGACUCAGCUAGGAAGCUGGACAAGUGUGGGGUGUGUGGGGGCAAAGGCACCUCAUGCAGGAAGGUAUCCGGCUCCCUCACCCCCUCCAGUUAUGGCUACAAUGACAUCGUCACCAUCCCAGCUGGUGCCACUAACAUUGAUGUGAAACAGAGGAGUCACCCAGGCGUCCAGAAUGAUGGCAACUACCUGGCCCUGAAGACUGCCGAUGGGCGGUAUCUGCUGAAUGGCAACUUGGCCAUCUCUGCCAUAGAGCAGGACAUCUUGGUGAAGGGGACCAUCCUGAAGUACAGUGGUUCCAUUGCCACCCUGGAACGGCUGCAGAGCUUCCGGCCCCUACCUGAGCCUCUGACUGUGCAGCUCCUGACAGUCCCUGGUGAGGUCUUCCCCCCCAAAGUCAAAUAUACCUUCUUUGUUCCUAAUGAUGUGGACUUCAGCACACAGAACAGCAGAGAGAGAGCAACCACCAACAUCAUCCAGCCGCUGCUCCACACUCAGUGGGUGCUGGGGGACUGGUCUGAGUGCUCGGGUACCUGCGGGGCCAGCUGGCAGCGGCGGUCUGUGGAGUGCAGGGACCCCUCUGGCCAGGUCUCUGCCACCUGCGACAAGGCUCUAAAACCUGAGGAUGCCAAGCCCUGUGAAAGCCAGCCGUGCCCCCUGUGAUCCAGCGGGGUGGGGGCCGGUAUUGUGCUUGCGAACGUGGGUGCUGGGGUGCAGCAAGGAUCUCCACUGUGGUGACCCUAGUAUCAAGGUGGCAUGGCCUCCCCAGGCCACCCAUUGCCUCAGUUCCUGGGUACUGCAUGAAUUCAUAAGAGGGAGGAAAAGAGGGGACGGGGACGACAGAUCUUAAAGUUGACUGUCUAGUGGACUGGACCUUGCUUGGGUUCAAGUAGAGGACAUAGGUUAAAAGGUAAAAGUGCACUUAUUGACCCAAACAGGAGACUCACAGUCAGCCUGUUUGCAAAGGACUAGCAAAGUUAAAUUAAAAAAGUUCUUUUCUAUUUGGUUUCCCCGAUAAAUAAUCUACCUCAGAGGGGAAAAAAUUAGUACAAGAGAGAUGCGGCGCGGGGAGUGGGUAGUGAAUGUGAAAGCAAGCUCUGUAGCCCCGCCCGACUGUCUUCAGUGCUACAAUCCACCGCCUAAGGGCUGCAGCUUUGCCGGGUUGUGGAGAGCCACAUGUUCUCAGGCCGCCACCUGCAGGGGUGGAUCCAUUUCAAGUAUUUAUGCA